GUCGACGACUAUCCCACACAACCAGUCUCUUCCACGACUCGUGCUUCACACAUCGGUCCCGCAUUUGCUCCGUUGAUUAAAUUAUCUAAUUUAAUCACCAAUUUGGUCCAGUCUUAUCAUUACAACCACAUCUUCACCCCUCUCAAAAAUGCUGUUCAAACUGAACAAGGCCGUCCUCGCCCAGGGAGUGCGUCGAUUCUCGACCAAACGGCAGGAUGUGGUGAUUGUGGCCGCUACCCGGACUCCGAUUGGAAGCUUCCAGAGUUCGCUGUCGUCGCUGUCGGCCACCCAACUGGGAGCUGUUGCUGUGCAGGGUGCGGUGAAGCAGGCUGGGAUCGCCGGUGGGGACAUUCAGGAGGUGUACAUUGGCAAUGUGUGCGCGGCCGGACUUGGCCAGGCUCCGGCUAGGCAGGCGGUCAUCUUUGCCGGGUUGCCGAAGAGCACGAUCUGUACGACGGUCAACAAGGUCUGCUCGUCUGGGAUGAAGUCGGUGAUGUUGGGCGCGCAGACGUUGAUGCUGGGACAGGGGGAUGUCGUGCUGGCCGGCGGUAUGGAGUCGAUGUCGAACGUUCCGUAUUACAUGAAGCGUGGAUCUACUCCUUACGGUGGAGUUCAGCUGCAGGACGGAAUCGUGUUUGACGGUUUGACUGAUGUGUACAACAAGUUUCAUAUGGGCAACUGCGCGGAGAACACGGCCAAGAAGAUGGGCAUAACGCGCCAGGACCAGGACGAGUUCGCCGUCAACAGCUACAAGAAAAGUGCCGCGGCCUGGGCCGCCAACGCCUUCGACGCGGAACUUACUCCGGUUACGAUUCCCGGAAAGCGCGGCAAGCCCGACAUUGUUGUCAAGGAGGACGAAGAGUUCAAGCGAGUCAACUUUGACAAGUUUGGACAGUUGGCGACUGUGUUCCAGCGCGAGAACGGAACCGUUACCGCCGGCAACGCUUCAACCCUGAACGACGGAGCGUCCGCCGUAAUCCUGAUGACGGCCGAAGCCGCGGAAAAGUUCAAGUGCAAGCCGCUGGCGCGAAUCGUCGGCUUUGCUGACGCCGAAACCGACCCCAUCGACUUCCCGAUCGCCCCGGCUCUGGCCAUCCCGAAACUCCUCGCCCAGACCGGCGUUCGCAAGGAAGACGUCGCCAUGUGGGAAAUCAACGAAGCCUUCUCCGUUGUGGUUGUGGCUAACCAGCGCAAACUGGACCUCGACCCGGCCAAGGUCAACGUGCACGGUGGAGCCGUCUCGAUCGGACACCCCAUCGGAAUGUCCGGCGCUCGUCUGAUCACCCAUCUGGCGCACUCGCUGAAGGUUGGCCAGAUCGGCUGCGCCUCGAUCUGCAACGGUGGCGGCGGCGCGUCGUCCAUCCUCAUUGAAAAGCUGGCGAAUACAUCUCCCCUGGAUCCGGAAACGAACCGAGCCAUCCCAACGCUGACCCUGUUCACCCACGAUCAGUGCUCGCUCUGUGAUGAUCUGGUAGAGGAGCUGGAGGCGCACUACGCCGGACGGUACCGGCUGGAGAAGGUGGACAUUACGCGCAAGGAGAACGUCCGGUAUCUGCGGCUGUACCGGUACGACAUUCCGGUGUUGUACCUGAACGGGCAGUUUCUGUGCAUGCACCGGUUGAAUCGAGGACUGUUGGAGAGGAGAUUGGAGGAGUUGGAGGAGAAAUAAAACUAA